UGCUGGUUGUUCCAAAUGCAAAAUAAAAAUUACUAGCAUUUGUAGAAACUAUCGAUUGUGUUUUGUCAUACUUGGAUUGGAGAUAUUAAGUAGACAGUUUGUCGGCCCUUUUACUAUGCACUUCUUAAUGCUCGUUUCUUUCAGGAAAAACAGUGUGAGUUUCAAUUAAAAAACCCUGAAAUCUUAAAAUUUUCCUUCUCAUUUUGUAUCCCCUUGAGAAUUCGGGAGAAAAAUAAUGUCCUUGAAGAGUAGAGGAGAAUUUGUCUCAAGGAAUGUUGUGUCAAGGAACUUGGCUCUUUUUCUGUGUGUUUGCUGCUUCUGUGCAGGGAUGUUUUUUACUAACAGGGUUCAGAUUAUGCCUGAAGUUCAACACAUUGCACGAACAUCUAAACUUGAAGACGGAGGGAUAAAGUCAAAGGGUUGUUAUACAGAUCUUGUUUUGAAACAUAAUUCCAACGACAGUUUAGGAGGUGGUUCAAGAGUCCAUGAUGCUAUUGAAGAACAGGACAUAAAAAUUUCAGAAUUAGAGAGGAAAUUAGGUGCUGAUAGAGCUGAGUAUGAGUCUAUGGUGCACAGUCCUCCAGUAGAAGGAAACAUCAAGUCACCUUCAAAAAGAAAAUACUUUAUGGUGAUUGGAAUAAAUACAGCUUUUAGUAGCCGAAAAAGAAGAGACUCAGUUCGCGAAACUUGGAUGCCACAAGGCGAAAAAAGAAAAAAGCUGGAGGAAGAGAAAGGCAUCAUAAUACGAUUUGUUAUAGGUCACAGUGCAACAUCCGGUGGUAUUCUUGAUAGAGCUAUCGAAGCAGAGGAAAUGUUGCAUGGAGACUUCUUGAGGCUGGACCAUGUUGAGGGCUACCUGGAAUUGUCAGCCAAGACUAAGAGUUACUUCUCCACUGCUGUUGCCACAUGGGAUGCAGAAUUUUAUGUCAAAGUCGAUGACGAUGUUCAUGUUAAUUUAGCAACACUUGGAACGACCUUAGCUAGUCAUCGUAUGACACCUCGUCUUUACAUUGGUUGCAUGAAGUCCGGUCCCGUCCUUGCUAGAAAAGGAGUGAAAUACUAUGAACCAGAAUACUGGAAAUUUGGUGAGGUUGGAAAUAAAUACUUCCGGCAUGCUACCGGACAAUUAUAUGCUAUAUCAAGAGGUUUAGCUAUGUACAUAUCACUGAAUCAGCAUGUCCUGCACAAAUACACCAAUGAAGAUGUUUCAUUGGGGUCUUGGUUAAUUGGUUUAGAUGUGGAGCAUGUGGAUGAUCGAAGAUUGUGCUGUGGUACGCCGCCUGAUUGCGAGUGGAAGGCACAGAUGGGCAAAACCUGCGUUGCCUCAUUUGACUGGAGAUGCAGUGGCAUUUGCCGGUCUGUCGAGAGGAUCAAAGAAGUUCAUGAGCUCUGUGGUGAAGCUAAGGAUGCAUUAUGGCAGUCAAGUUUCUGAGACAUCGCCUGCUGCUCUUCCAAACUUAGGAAUGGCAAAUACUGAAGAACUCCAACACAUGCAUAUUUGAGUAUGUGCGUAUGGAAAAUGUAUAUGUAAUCCCAGAAUACAGAACUAGGACAAAGGAAGACAUAGGCUAAGCCAUCUAGAUUCUACUCCUCCAUUUUCAUGCUCAGAGGAAUUAAUUUUUUUUAUAUGGCUGGAGAACUGUAUUACAGGUUCCCUACCAUAAAUGAAAACAAUAAUAAUACUAGUUAUUGUAAAACUGCAUGUCUACCUUUUCAUUCGUAUAAAUUAAAUAUGUUCUGCAACAUGUUUCAUUAGUUU